CAAAACCCACGAUGCCUCUGUCACUCUAACGGGCAGGCAGAGAGUAGGCUACAGAUAGCUCAGUCCAGUAUCUGUUAGUUUAGCCGCAGCACAUCACUCGCGGACUGGUCUACCGUCAGCAUUCCAGCAUCAUGGAAUCCAAAACGGAGGAAGAACAUUUUGAAGUGAGAUCUGUAGAGGAAGAAAAAGAAUUGCGUGACAAGUAUGACUCUCUGACGAAGGAGACGGAAGGCAGGAUAUGCCGGAAGGACGUCAUCAACAUGUGGCGUCAGAUGAUCACGUGUCCAGCCGUCGACUACAUCAACUCAACCUUUGAGAAAAUGAACAUCAAUGAAAACGUCCCACUGUCCUUCGACGAUUUCAGGAACAUCUGGCUGAAGUCGCUGGCUGCACACUCCGCGGCUUGCCGAAACGUUCGAUCGGAGAUUUUGGCCGAGUUUAACCGGUUUGAUGCCAACAAAGACGGCUUCAUCGACACGAGUGAACUGAAGCAGAUGGUGGAGUGCCAAGGGGAGACAAUCUCAGACGAAGACUUGGAAGAGUUUUUCAAAAUGGCCGACACAAAUUGUGACGGUAAAAUCAGCUUUGAAGAAUACGCUGAGGUAUUUUUGUCGGACAAGCUAUAAUCGUUAGCUGCCGGAAGAGGCUGUCCAAUCCCUCGUACCGCAUCAGCCAAUCCGUGUACGUUCUGUGACAGGCCUAACCCUGUGUGAACUCUUGAGUCCUGAGCCUGGAUACCGGCAUGAACACUGUGUCAUCAUGUAUGAAGGAUGCAGAGCGUAAGACGGAUAAAUUUUGUGAUAUCGCAGGAUGGGGCUGUGACCAAGAGGAACCCUUUACGUCCAUGACUGUGUAUAAACGACUGCUCUGAUAACCCCGCCCCACCCCAUGUGACCUUUGACCCUCUAUGGAUAUCGCCUUUCAACAAAAAUGGGGCAUUUAAGCCAGUAUGACUUUGAUGUCCUGCUGUGAAUUCCAUUUUACCGUCUUCUAACAUGAAGGGUCAUUUUCGCAAAACUUAGUCAGUCAUACUUCUCGUAUCUUUUUUUCGUGAAACGCGUUGUCUACAUGUAGGUAAUAGAGCUAUGAAGUCACGUGAUUUACGAAAAAAGUUACAAGGAAUUGAUUGGUGAAGCUUUGUGAAAUUGGACCCAGCUUUAUUUCUGCCUUAACACAUAUCCCUGUCUCAAAGAAUGCAUCUGUGGUUAUUUAUUUUCACGGUUGGAGAUAGAGAUGAAUUCAAAUCAGCUAUGCCUAUCGGCAUAUUAUCGUCCUGAACAUUUUCAGCGAUGAGCCUGCGUCAGUCUUUUCGGGAAGAGGGGCUGCGUAAUCUAAAAGAGACUAAGCAGCUGUAGAAGCCGAUCGUCUGGUAAAAGUUUUUUCACAUUUGACCUUUUAACAUGGGAAUGCUAUUUUUUGUAUCGGCUGUUUCUUUCAACUAGGUACAAAACCCUUGUGUACAACACAAGAUGAAACCCAAUGGCGGAUGAUGGUUGUAUUGGCGGGUUUGGAUGAUUUGGUCGAAGCUAUUUAGAAUUUGCGUUUAGUUUUUUUACGAAAUAAUCGAUGAUAUAUUGUUAAUCUGCUGGUACAUUUUCAGUCGGAACUGAGGUCUUAAGAUUUUAUAUCUUCUCAUAAAACAGUAGCCCGCCUGAACAGGGACACUAUUAUAGUGUUAGCAAUACCAAUCAAUGACAUGCGACGGGUUUAAGAGCUUGUACUGUUCCAACAAAUGUAAAAGCCAGAAUCCAUAAUGUAAUACUUGAGUAAUGCGGUUGUUGUUAAAAUUCUUAACUGUGAUAACGAGAAAUUCUCGUUUUACAGAUGGCAUAAAGUAAAAACCAAAGGGAAUAUAAUCUUCGGAUAAAAGUACUUAAAUUUUACACAUAACCAUGCCGUAGAACUAUUAAACUUUACCCGGAAACAUUUUUGAGUCCUCGUUUUUGGAAAGAAGUUGACAGAUAAUGUGGGUCAGAAACAACAGCACUCUUAUAUUCUUAUGUAUGCAAUUUUCCCCAUUUUUUUGAUCGUUAGUCUUAGAUAUUUCACACACAAAUUAUCCACUUGAUAUUGGAUAAAUUUCACGAAAAUUCCCAAAAGGCAAAAUAGUACCAAAAGAUCAACAAAUUUGAAAAUCUGACAUCCAUAUUGCAAACACUUGAUGUCAAUCUGUCUGACUGUACAUUUCAGUCAUGCGCGGUUAAUUCGGUUACUGUUUUAACAGUAUUUGACUUAAGAUGCUGAAAGUUCCAUGAAAGUUGCCUAUUGUCUAUUAAAAAGUUGUCUAUUGUCUAUUAAAGGGUGUGUGUGCAAUAUCAAAGACUUAGUCUUGAAUCGUGUGAUUAAUUUAGAUUUAAAUACGAAUACAUCUUCUUCUGGCCCAGGUUGGGAUAUUGAAUCUUUAUUCACUUUAGUGAUACAUAUUCUGAAAGGUAAACUAACCUAUAUUUUUAGACGCUAUCCGAUGAGGAUUACUGACAAGUAUUGAUUUGUUUUGUUGUUUUUUUUGGGGGGGGGGGAGGUUAAAUGUCACAAUCCAAGAAAAACCAUACAACGUUAAAAAGUUUGAAUUCAUCACUUAUUUUAACUCCUGUUUUUGGAAUAAAUGUCAGGUGGUUUGCCGUAUAGACGCAGCUGAUGUGCAGUUCAUGUGGGACUUUUAAAAUAACCCGUUUGUUUUUGUACCAUAUUAGCACCAGAGUUCUGCUAGGAAUAAGUUGGUUAUUGCACACGCACAAAACUAUUGUAAAUAAUCACUUCAUGCCUUUGGUUUUGGGACAACCAUUUGACGCCUAGGGAAAAUAUGACAUUUUCUCUAAGAGUACGGCAAUAUGAUUCUUCGUUCAUGAUGUCAAAGUUUCCCCCAAUUACUGAUGCUGGAUUCUACCUUCACUGGGUUCACUGGUUCCCGAAAAAAACGCAGAAAGCAAAGAUUUAAGGUUUGGCUUAAGAUAUAACAUCGUGAAAAUCGUCGCCUGAAGCCUAUGCAGAGGUUAUAUUUUAUAAACACAAUGAUCGAAAAAAUCUUGACUUGCCAGUUGGUUUAAAAUGAAAAACAAACCUCAUCGUAGAAAUUGUAUCGAUGUAUUCCAGCUUUAUGAAUUUGAUGUAUUGUUUCUAUGGUAACGGGACUUACAAAUAAACUUUAAACUGCACCAAAAUGACCAAGUCUGAUGAUAAAGUUGAGCGUGAACAGCCAUUUCUCAGAAAAAAUAUGCAUGUGGCGUAAAUGAUGCGACGUCUCAACCAAGGUGAAUUUUUUGAGAUUUAACAGAAACUGUUGAACUUUUCAUCAUUCUGGAUAGUUAGUUUUGAGCUUUUUAAACGACUGAAAUUUUGGUGGGAUA